AUGGAUGCCGUGGAACGGCGAAAGAUACAGAACCGACACGCACAGCGGCGCUUUCGCAGCAAGAAGGCGACUCAGAACGGAGGAGAGCCGUUCACGACAACGGCGGCACCGUCCGCUGCAGCUACAGCGAGCGGGCCAGCCAUACAGCCGCGCCUGCAGUCAAACCACGAUGUGCUGGCAUGGGGCAGUGAGGGAAGGCUCUCCCACCCCCACGCAACUGGACUACAGACGUCGGAGCAAGACCCGACGCCCCCAUCAACGACCGCCACUGACAGCCACACACUACAAGGGGACGCCACGAUUACAGGGCUGCUUCGCCAACUUCAGGAUCCGCUUACUUCGUCAUCGCUGCGGCCACAUCCGCACAUGAACAUGACCGACUUCAACUUCCCACCGGCUAUGACGCAGUCACGUCACGCUGUGCUAUGGCCCCACGUCCCUCCAGCCGAGGCCAUGGUCUUCAGUACUGACGACGCUGGGGGCUUCUACUCCAAUCAAGACACGAACAGAACCACGUGGCCUGACACAGGAGCGAGUCGCACCCAGAGUGGAUCUGAAAGCAGCAACGAUACGUCACAAAUCAACACUUGUAUCACCACUCCAAACCUCUUUGUCGACGGCCGCUUUGGACAAGACAACGAUCUAGAAGACGACGAGCCCUUUCAGACGAACCUCCACAUCGCGGCCGAGGCCGGUCAUGACAGCCUCGUAGGCCUGCUGCUGGGCUCGGGGUACACCGUCGAUGAACCCGACAGCGACGGCAACACGGCUCUGCAUAGGGCCAGUCUUGGUAAACAUGUGAAGGUGAUGUUAAGACUACUCAAAGCCGGUGCAAACCCCAACGCCAUGAAUGUUCAUGGCUGGACUCCCGUGCAUAUGGCCUUUUCUCUCGGCUCGAUGGAGGUAGUCGAGGUCCUGGUCCGACAUGGUGGUGAUCUGAACAAGCGUGCGAAAGGUAAGUUGAGCUGUGACAAAUUCAAGGAAACUCUCGCAGCGAAGGAUCGAGGGAUUUCACGCGAAGAAUAG